ACGGGAACGGCAAGAUGGCGGACGGUGGCGGCUUAGGUGAAACCGCGAGUGCUGUGUCUCCCUCUGCACCUGUUCCCGGCCAGAGCCUGCCGCUGGGCUGGAGGGAGCGGCUGCGGGCCGGGCUGACGGGGGCUGGGGCCUCGAUGUGGUUCGUGGCUGGGCUGGGGCUGCUUUACGCUCUGAGGGUCCCGCUGAAGCUGUGUGAGAACUUGGCAGCGGUGGCAGUAUUUUUAAAUUCAUUGACACCCAAAUUCUAUGUGGCACUUACAGGGACAUCUUCUUUGAUAUCAGGACUAAUAUUUAUAUUUGAAUGGUGGUACUUCCAUAAGCAUGGUACAUCUUUUAUUGAGCAAGUAUCUGUAAGCCAUUUGCGACCGCUGAUGGGAAGAAUAGAGAGCAGCAUUUCAGAACCAGGUUCUCCUUCCAACAAAAGAGAAAGUGAAACCAGCAGGCAGAAUUUGUCAGAAUGCAAAGUAUGGAGAAACCCCCUAAACCUUUUCAGAGGAGCAGAAUAUAGGAGAUACACUUGGGUGACUGGUAAAGAACCACUUACGUACUAUGACAUGAAUUUGUCAGCUCAGGACCAUCAGACCUUUUUCACCUGUGACACAGACUUUUUACGUCCUUCAGACACAGUUAUGCAGAAGGCAUGGAGGGAAAGAAAUCCUCCAGCUCGAAUCAAAGCAGCCUAUCAAGCUUUAGAGUUAAACAAUGACUGUGCCACUGCAUAUGUUCUACUGGCUGAGGAAGAAGCAACAACUAUUGUAGAUGCUGAAAGGUUAUUUAAACAGGCACUCAAGGCUGGAGAAACAAUUUAUAAGCAGUCACAGCAGUGUCAGCACCAAAGCCCUCAGCAUGAAGCUCAACUGAGGAGAGAUACUAAUGUACUAGUAUAUAUUAAAAGAAGAUUGGCAAUGUGUGCAAGAAAAUUAGGAAGAAUAAGAGAAGCAGUAAAAAUAAUGAGAGAUUUGAUGAAAGAAUUUCCUCCUUUUACCAUGUUGAACAUCCAUGAAAAUCUCUUAGAAUCACUUUUAGAAUUACAGGCCUAUGCAGAUGUUCAGGCAGUCCUAGCAAAAUAUGAUGAUAUAAGCCUUCCAAAGUCAGCAGCUAUCUGUUAUACAGCAGCACUAUUGAAGACAAGGACUGUUUCAGAUAAAUUCUCUCCAGAAACAGCCUCUAGAAGAGGGUUAAGCACAGCAGAAAUUAAUGCUGUGGAAGCAAUUCAUAGAGCUGUGGAAUUUAAUCCUCAUGUUCCAAAAUAUUUACUAGAGAUGAAAAGUUUAAUUUUGCCUCCAGAACACAUCCUGAAGCGAGGUGAUAGUGAAGCAAUUGCUUACGCUUUUUUUCAUCUUCAGCACUGGAAGCGAAUAGAAGGUGCUCUUAAUCUGUUACAGUGUACGUGGGAAGGCACUUUUAGAAUGAUUCCGUACCCAUUAGAGAAAGGACAUCUAUUUUACCCUUAUCCCAGCUGCACAGAGACCGCUGAUAGAGAGCUGUUACCUACAUUUCAUCAUGUUUCUGUCUACCCAAAGAAGGAGCUUCCUUUUUUCAUACAUUUCACAGCAGGACUGUGUUCUUCUACGGCAGUGAUAGCCCUUCUCACACACCAGUUUCCUGAAAUCAUGGGUAUAUUUGCUAAAGCUGUAAGUAUGAUCUCAAGGACUUGUGUAGAGUAUUUGUAAAACACACAAGAAACCAUCUCUGAUCUGCUUGUGCUAAUCCAAUUGAACAGAAGAUAUUUGUUAUAGUAAAUUACAGGAAUUGAUUUGUAAAGUUAUUGCCAUAAAUAUGUCAAA